CCACUCCAGAAGGGCGCCCCGUCGGAGCUGUCGUCGCCUCCCAGCGCUUCUCUCCACGUGAGACGCGAAACCAGUCAGACCAGUCUAGAGCGAACAUGGCAGCCGACCGGACCGGGAUGUCACUCGGGGAAAGUGAGGACGUUGUUUUAUCAGACGAAACAGCGUUUGAGGAACACGGUGGCCAUGCCCCAAAAAGGCAUGCCCGGGUAACAGUCAAGUACAACCGGAAGGAACUGCAGAGGAGGCUCGAUGUGGAGAAGUGGAUUGAUGAGCGUCUGGACGAGCUCUACGCUGGUCAGGAGGAAGACAUGCCAGAAGAGGUGAAUAUUGACGAAUUAAUUGACCUGCCUGAUGAUGUGGAAAGAGUUAAAAAACUACAGGAGCUUUUUCAAACCUGCAAUAACACCACAGAGACCUUCAUCAGAGAGCUCGUAGAGAAGCUACAGGGAGUUCAUAAGGAGGAGGAGCUGCAGAGUGAAGGCAUCGAGCAUCCGGUCAUCGGUCACAGCCACCAUCGCCAUGAACCUUACCACUUCAACAACCCGCACCAUGUCCACCACACCCGAAGCCAGAACCAGACACUUUGAGAACCUCUCCUUUAUACUGUACCCACAUAAAUACACAGUAUGCGAAUAACACUCAUGUAUUUAACGAUUUGGAUAGUUUGCUUGCCAAAUCCAUGCAAAUGGAUAUGUAAACCAUAUUUGGUUUGAGAAUUUGAUACCAUUCUGUAAACGUGUGAUUGUGGCACAGUGAAAGAUGAAGAGCAAACCUGAAAGACAAAGGGUCCUUUCCAAAGGGUCUUGCUUGCCAUACUAAUGAAUUUUAAAGACUGAAGACUAGCCAUAAUUAUUCAAUUAUAUAUAUAUACAAAACAUGUUUGUAAUGAAUUAUUUCCAACAGUUUUUGAAUAUACAGUAAAUAAUUUAUUUACUGUACAAUAUGUACUGUACAUUUACUUUGCGUUAAUUUCCCCAUAGAACACAGGGGAAACUCAAGCUUGAAGCCUGUAACCAUCCACUUUAAAACUUUUUUUUUUUAAAUUUAACAAUCUAUCCAGUGCUUCAAGUACAUUUUAUUCACUUAGAUAUCUUGAACUAAGAAAAAUAGCUAGUUGAAAACAUGUUUAACAGUUUUUAAGCAAUAAAUUAGUAUACUUAAUCUUUAAAAAGCUUGUUAGUCAAAACUGCUCUUAGUUCAAGAAAAAAUAUUUUUCAAAACAUUAUUUGAAAGCCAAAUUUUCAAGAUUUAGGUGAAAAAUGACCAAUUUUUAGAUGUAUGGGCUUAAUUUGAACAAAUGGUAAUAUUUACAUAAAGUAAGUGGAAUAAUCUAACACAUUAAUCUGUUAAUUAGUCAUUAACACUCAAAACAAGGUGAAGAAAAUUAUUUGACUACAUUUAAGAAAAAUAAUCUGAUUUAGACGCUAUAAAUUUGCAGUGAACAAAAAAUAAAUUAACAUGACACACAUUCUGGAUAUCAGAUUGAUAAUCUAAUGGUGGAUUUUCAAGUAUAUGAAAUUGAAAUGCAUGCUAUUAUUUUAGUGUUAUUCAUUGAGUACAGUAUUGGACCAUUAUCAUCCUAUCCUAUAAUAUCAGUAUGAUGUUACACACAUAAAAAUAAUCCAGACUGAUAAUUAUUUUAUGCUUUUACACAUUAUUGCUAAUAAAGUAACAUAUUGCAAUGUUUUGGUGUCCUAUUACGAAAUAUUUUCAAGUAUAAGAGCCGCAUCUUUAUAUUCAAGUCAGGCAUUGAUUGUCAACAAGCCUUUUGUUUUGCACCGUUUUUUUCUCCACAUAAUAUAUUAUUCUCAUGCAGAGGUGGGUAAAGUAGCUAACAAUUUUACCCAAGUAAUAGUAGUGUUACUUCAAAAUUAUAUUACUCAAGUAAGAGAAAAAGUAGUCGUCCAAAAAAUGUACUCAAGUACAAGUAAAAAAAAAAGUAUUUGGUGAAAAGAAUACUCAAGUCAUAGACUUCACAAUGUAUUGUCGGGACAGGGGGUGCGGGGGCGAUAAAAAAAAAAAAAAAAGUGCAGUUGGCAUUUAUUUUAUGUAAAUAUGUCAAAGUACAAUGCUAGUCUGUUAGUAAAUGUAGCUAGCGGCCUCCUUAUGUAACCAGGACUUUUCCAGUAAAAAUUCUUGAGCAUAUAUGCUUAAAUCCCCGAAUUCUUUAUCGAUAUGGACGUAAAACAGUCUUGAUUGUUGGUUAAAAGCAAAACAAAACAAAAAAAGUGCACUUAGCAUUUGUUUUACGUAAAUAUGUCGAAGUACAAUUCUAGUCUGUCAGUGAUUGUAGCUAGCGACAACCUUAUGUAAACAUAGCUUUCCAGUGAAAAUUCUUGUGAAGAAAUGCUUAAACCCCCGAAUUCUUUAUAGAUAUGGACGUAAAACAGUCUUGAUUCUUGGCUAAAAGCAAAAAUAAUUAGUUGGCAGUUAGCAUUUGUUUUACGUAAAUAUUGCGAACUAUGAUGCCAAUGCAGUAGCGGCCAAUUUCUCCCAUUGAUUUUUUUUUCGCAACAUUCAAAAAUGCAUGCAUGCAUGGUACGAAAAAUAUAAUAAUUACCUUGAAUCCUUGAACAAAUCACUCCUUAGACAGUCCUUCCUGUUUGUAUGCGGUACAGCUUUCGUACUUUUUCAACAGAAAUCCGGCAUUAGAUCGCUGUGUGCGUGUGUUUGUGAAUAGCUCCUCUUGAUGUGGCCGGCCCCCUACUUGAAGGCGAGGCGCUGGCGCAGUGCAUGACCGAUCUGACCUGUCAAUACCAUUAUGAAAUCUAUGCUCAAGUAAUGCGUGAGCAAUUGCUUAAGAUGUUUUUUUAAUAGUAUUUUUUUUCUCAGCACAAAGUUUUUUAUAUGAAAUAUAUUAUACAGUACCGAUUACAUAACUACAUUAAGCCAAAGAAAAAAAAAAAAAAAAAAAAGUCAAUAAAUUCCAACGAGAGAAAACAAUGCAGAUCCGUCCAAAGAGCAUGAGCGCCCUCUAUUAGAGAAAAUUGUUCCUAGUUUGAAUAGUUGAAUAGUGAAUAGUUCCUUCAUUGUUCCUGUUAUGAAAUUAAAAGGAUCAUAUCUCCGGUUUACUGUGGUCAAUCGGUGCCAAAUGGAAAUUGAGAGGGAUUAAAAUCUCUCUCUUAAAAGUUUCGAGUCAUGUUGAGGGCAGCGCUCAAUGUCGAAUACUUCAUUUUUCCCGGUGCUUUAAAAAUGCCACGUGAUUGAACAGGCCAGCGUGAUCAUUAAACAGCAAGCUUAAAGUCUAAUUUAUGCUUCUGCGCUGCAGUGACGGAGUAACGAUAGCAUAGACCCUACGUCGUGAACGAGCAUUCGAAGUUUUCCGUCAAGGGAACGCUUUGCUCUGUAAUUCACCGACAAACCACGAGAGGUUUUGGGGGAAUCUUGUCAAAAAAGUUUUCUUCCGGUUAGACAACAAUGGCAACGGAGAUGGAACGCUUGAAUGUGGACCUUCAGCUCAUCAACAUUGAACAACAAAUGUUGAUCAUACAAAUGUUGAGGUGCAGGCGACGCAGAAGACGGUUGAGGAGGUGGUCUGUCCGACUGUAGAUGCCGCAGGGACUGGCAGUCACAUUACGAAUUCUACCAUCGGGUGGAAGCCAGCGAGCUGCGUUGUCCAGCGUUUUGUCCGAUUUCUUUGCCGUGUCCUACAACCAGCUAGUGGAAAGCCAUAGAUUUCUGGCUAUGAAACUUCCCAAACUGAGUCGGAAGUCUUGAUGGUAAACACGUUAUCAUUAAAGCACCGAGGCACUCCCAAUCAGUGAUGAUGUAUCAAGUGUGUAAACUGUUGUUGAAAAUUAAACAUCAAAACAACUCUUUUGACACCAAACCUGUGCUUUAUUCUUCAUAUACUGUACUUGAAAUGUAAAAUGUAAAUAAGUCACAGACUCACAGCAAGCAUUUGUUCAAAAUAAAUGAUAAUGUGCACCAACCAAAAAGACAACAUAAAGUGAUAAAAAGCUGGCAGUUUUUUUUCGGGGUCACCGCUUCGUGUUGCCAUUCGCUUCCGAACACACAUACUUGUCUCAUACUAAGGUUCUUCCAUUUCUUUUAUGCAUUCGCUGACCUCCAGCUCUGUAUUUUCAGCAAUGUCAAUUCACGAAUUGCUUGCCAUGCCAAUGUUUAUAAUGCCUUGACGAAACAUUGUACAGGUGGUCGUACUUGCGGACAUCUUCGAUCAACCUCUCAUGGGCUCGCUCCAUUUUUGAGUGUAGCGCAAGAAUGUUUAUAUAUGUCGGUGAUUUCGCACUGAACUAGAAACAACAGUCUGAGCAGACCAAUCACAGUCCAUUUGCGUCACGUCACCACACGUUGACGUGACGCGUAGUCAGGAUUUUGUGGAGGUGCACGUCAGGCUACAGCUGAGGGUCGUAAAUUGGGUCCGCCUUGACGGUUUAGGUCCGCCGCAGAAGCAUAAACCAGCCUUAAAGUGCCUAUGACAGCUAAGAGCAUGUUUAUUUCAUAUUUUCCGUGGUAUUUUUUGCUCCUGAAUGAAAUGGACCGCUUUACGUGUGUCAAAGCGAUUGCUAUAUUUAUUUAGUUUUUUUAAUCCCGCGCCACGAAAAUGAGUGACUUCCGGCUCCAGUCUCGACUUGAGAAAAAGGGCGCUGUGACGUGUACGGUAGAAGAAGUCCUCUUCACUAUUCAGCCGUACUGUUGUAUGAGAAGGACUAAGGAAUGAGCUGAUUUUGCGGAUUAAUUUAUUUAUUUUUCACAUUACGCCAGCCAAACGGCUGCAGAAAAAUUUUGCUGCACCAGGGAGAGGCAUGUGAGCCUUUUUAGGGUUUCAAAAGGUUCUCAUUCACAGGAUAUUGGCCAAAACAAGCCCUACUACUGUGGGAUCAUUGGACUUAUAAGGAAGUCAGUAAACAUCGUGUUUUGUAUUAUGUCAAGUACUGGGAUCAUUUUAAUACGUAGGUGGCUUGCAUUUUGUGGCUGACAUGCUCUUUUUCCACUCGGCUGGCAACCGAGUCACCCAUCCCCCCGCCGGGAGAGCACUAUACUCGGUUUAUUGCCCUCUUCACGUGCCUGGUGUUUUGUCAAA